UGUUUGCGCGCAGAACGUUCGCAGACACCAACAUUUUGUACAUUUGAACAAGAGACAUUUUCAUAAUUUUUUGGUUGUGUGCUGUUAACCAUUACCAGCUUACAUUUUCAAAUUUGGGCCCAACAUUUAUUUUUGUUCUAAGUUUUUGAGUUUUACUAUCCGAAAUAAAUAUAUAUUAACCACUAACAUUUGUCGUAGACAAACCCUGUGGCCUCGUCUCUCUCUGGGAAUGAUGGAGGCGCUGCUGGCUGUGUGGAUGGUGGGGUUGGUGGGUCUGCACAGAGCUCAGGGCUACAGUGCUGGAGCACCAGGGUCCACCUGCACCACCAUGCUUCCAGAUCACGGCACCAACACACUGACCGGCACACCCUACUCCAUCGUCACCAACAGCAGCACCUUCACCUCUGGCACCAAGGUUAAAGUCACCAUCGUGGGCACCUUCAAGGGCUACUUCCUGCAAGCGCGAAUACCCGACACCGCGACCAUCGUGGGCACAUGGGACACCCCACCUACAGGCAACAAAUUCGUACAGUGCAAUUCCGUGGCAAACGACGCAAUGACGCACUCCAGCAGAACCUCCAAGACGAAUCUGAGCUUGUAUUGGAUCCCCCCGACUACAAACCCUCCCAGCUCUGUAGUGUUUGUAGCGACCGUGGUCAAGACGGAACCCGAAUGGCAAAUGAACGUGCAGUCGGCGAAGGUCAAUGCCUCAGGUUAUGUAGCCACAACCAAGCCACCAGCUCAAACCACAACCAAGCCACCAGCUCAGACCACAACCAAGCCACCAGCUAAGACCACAACCAAGCCACCAGCUAAGACCACAGCCAAGCCACCAGCUAAGACCACAACCAAGUCACCAGUUAAGACCACAGCCAAGCCACCAGCUAAGACCACAACCAAGCCACCAGCUAAGACCACAGCCAAGCCACCAGCUAAGACCACAACCAAGUCACCAGUUAAGACCACAGCCAAGCCACCAGCUAAGACCACAGCCAAGCCACCAGCUACGACCACAACCAAGCCAGGCAACUCUGCCGGGCGUGCGGCCCUCGCCAUGUCUGGGUUCUCGCUGGGCGCGCUGCUCGUGGUCUUCACAGCCGCGUGCUGCCGUUGAUUCCACCGGCGAAGUCACGGAGUCCUUUCAGCGCGUGCAACGAUCCCUAGAAGUAACGAUCUUUGGUGGGGGGUGGCGGGGAGGGUGGGCAAUGGGCCGGGUUUCUAACUUCAUUCACAAUCCGGCAAAACAACUCAUAUCGCUGCGACGAGGCGAUUCGGUUGGAACGAGCGGAGAGGGGCGGGCGCCAUCCACUCGGACCCAGCAUCUAGAGUGACCACGAGUCCCCAGGGCUCUCCGUUCGCCCCACGUUCACUCUCUUGCACUCUCGCUCACAGCGCACCUCCGGUCCCUCGUGACCCUGCCUCUCCCGUCCCUCUCCACUCCAGCUCAACGAAAAAUCUCCACCAGCGCUGAAAUACAUCUCCUUCUCUCCUCCGCCUGUUGUCCUUGCUUCUCUUACCCCCCCCCCCGCCCUUUCCGUCUCGAAUCUUCUCCUGUCCCAGAUACGCCCGGUCGCUCCGUACCCUUGGCAACUCCCGCCAAAAUCCCCCCCUCCUCCGGCUCCCUCCUCGGGUAACGCCCCCACCUCAUCAGCCGAUCUCCAUGGCAACUCCCGCCACCACUCAUCCUCGAGACGUUUGUCCCAACGUCACUUGGCCGCCUUCUAUCCAUCGACACCUGUACACUCACCCCGUUAUCUCCCCCUCAUCCCAUCCUCACUCUAGCCAGGUUCCAUUUUGUCCCCCGCCACCCCAACCCAAAACUCUCGAGGCCUGUCCCCGGGAGUAACUUUAAGCCCAUUGCUGUUAAUCGCCGCCGAACCCCCUUUGACACGAGCCCGGUGAGAGCAUUCCACCGUGCCAUUUGUGGGUGCUGAGGGAAGGUGUUGUCUGGGUUACAUCUUAAUCAAUAAAUAAUAUUCUAAAAUUAAUCAUUGUCAUCGUCGUCAUUGUCUACG